UUUACUGUGAUAGUGCUCUCGUACUAUUGACUCUGGGUAUUUCUUCCCUCAGAUAUUAGCGUGAACUAAUCGAAUCAGGACAUAGCUUUCAUUGGAUUGGAUAGCUGGUCUGCAAUACACACUAGUGUACUCUAACUGGCAAGUCAUGGUCUGCGAAGAUAAUGUUCUAACGACCUACUUAUGGUGUCACAGGCUUGGACGACCAGAGCCACCCAGCUUUGGAACGCGGUUGUCUGCAAGGCAACGAUGAGCAGCCCUAUCCUUUCCCUCCACUCCUUCGAUUCAUACGAACAAUGGGAUCCAUACGAUGACACCAGUCAGCAACGGACACAGACGAAUAACCUCAAGCUAUGCCAGUUUCCUGAUUGGGACAGCGAAGGGACAUACGAUGAUGAUCCACCGAUUUAUAUACAUUACUCAAUCGUGUGGAAGGUUACACGGAACAAGAGGGCAGUAGUGGGACCAGACACA